AUGCGUCCGAAUACUGUGUGCUUGGGAUUCUUCGACAAUCAGCGUUCAAAGGAUAUAUUGUCCAAUAUUCUCUCUGAUCGCAAGUCAUUGAUACCCUCAUCCCUUCGAUCGUCUGUCAGGAUGUCGGACUGCACAGAGCUUCUUCCUACGAAUGGCCCCGAUCCUUUGGGUCCUACAGACUUUUUGGUGCAUGGCCUCCGUGGUCUGGACAAAGGAUGGAACUCAGGCAUAGGCGACAGCAAUUCUUCAGGCUCUCGUAUGAACGCUGAACAGUAUGUCAGCCUUAUUCGUGAGAUCCUCAGCAUGGAGACAAAUGUUGUCCUCGCUCGUCAUUUUGAUAAAGUUAUAUUCGAAGAUAAUUUGACGGGAUUUGAUAAAGUGAAGUAUUUCCUACACCGCCUUCGGCGUCGUGGCCACGAACGUGAGCAAGCAUCCACAUCAUACGAGGUCGCCAUCGAUGUGGAUUUUGAAGAUUCCUCCCACGUGGUAUAUCGUGUGCCUUCAACCGGAUGUGUAAGAAUUGCUAACGAUCGCUCUCCGUUCUUUGACAUAUGGCCGGUUAAUUUACUAGAUUUUCUGACUAACACCUCGAUGUCUUUCGGACGUGAGCUGGAUCGCACUGGGCUCUUCUUGCUUCAACUCGCUUGUUUGGUCGCAAGGUCUCCCUACUGGAGAAGCCGACGCCAUCGACCUUUGUUACGGGUAUUCUUCCCUCUGCCUCCAACUGGGAAUGGUGUCGACGAAACAACGCUCUUAACAUCUGUUAGCUCCGUGGCCGACAUGGCUCAUUUGUGGCUCAGACGUCUCCUGCAUGAUCUCCGUAUUGCGGCAGACAUCAAGAUAGUGACAAUGGAUUCUGCUUUCUUCUCACUUGAUUCGGGUAGAUGCGCUUCAGUCGAGGUUUUGAAUGAGCUCAUUCGAGCAAAUUGCCAUCCAGACACUGCUGCACUUUUCCUAUAUCUGCAGAAGCCACCCGACCGAACCGAAAAUAACAUCUACCGCCCUAUGAAAAAUCUCCUGGAAAACUUGCCUGAUUUCACUUUUACCACUGGUGAAAUGACAGACAUCUUUCUUUUAGGUCUACGGUAUACUUCACUCAAACGUUCGUCGAAUAUUGUGGAUUUCCCGGUACAUGCUUUGACACUUUAUGUUACCCAGCCAUCGCCGCAGCGUACACCUAGCUACGAUUUUUUUUAUUCAUAA